CCCGCCGCGCAGGCGCAGGGCGGGUCUCGCCGCUCCUGGGAUGGCGGCGCGGCAGUGACGGGCGGCGGAGGGGGCUGAGGGCUGCGGCAGCGAGCGGCGGAGCGCGGCAGGAUGAUCCCCACCGAGGAGGUGUCGGCCCGCAGGAGGGAGAUCGAGUACAAGCUCAAGCAGGAAGAAUUAACUCUGUCCUUCAUCAAAGAUAGCCUUGAGAAGAGUGACCAGCUCACGAAGAACAUGGUUGCUAUCCUGUCCUCCUUUGAAAGUCGUUUGAUGAAGCUGGAGAACUCCAUCAUCCCGGUCUAUAAACAGACAGAGAACCUGCAGCGCUUGCAGGAGAAUGUGGAGAAGACCCUGUCCUGCUUGGAUCAUGUCAUCAGUUACUACCACGUGGCUAAGGACACAGAGAAGAUCAUAAAAGAAGGCCCCACUGGGAGGCUGGAGGAAUACUUGAAUUGCAUGGACAAAAUCCAGAAGGCAGUGGAAUAUUUCCAGGACAACAAUCCGGACAGCCCAGAGCUGAACCGUGUGAAAUCCCUCUUUGAGAGGGGCAAGGAGUCCCUGGAGUCCGAGUUCCGCAGCCUGAUGACACGGCACACCAAGCCAGUGCCACCCAUCCUCAUCCUGGACCUGAUCAGCGGGGAUGAUGACAUGGAGCCUCAGGAGGAGAUGUUUCUGGAGCACCUCCCAGAGGGUGUCCUGCAUGAUAUCAUCCGCAUUUCCGGCUGGCUGGUGGAGAAUGGCAGGAAUCAAGAUUUCAUGACAGUUUACUUCCAAAUCCGCUCGGUCCAGCUCGACCGCUCCGUCAAGGGGCUGAAGGACCAUUUCCGUAAGAACAGCUCCUCUGCGGGGGUUCCCUAUUCCCCUGCCAUCCAGAACAAAAGGAAGGACACUCCCACCAAGAAGCCAGUCAAGAGACCAGGCACGAUCCGUAAGGCUCAGAACCUUCUGAAACAGUACUCUCAGCAUGGUCUAGAUGGGAAAAAGGGGGCCUCUAACCUCAUUCCUAUGGAAGGGUUGCUACUGCCGCAUAGCCCAACAAAGGGAUUUGCCAGUGUGAGCAUCCAUCCAUGCUGUAACCACCUGGAUAAAUCGCGCCUUCUGUUUGUGCCGGCUGCCAUCUCACUAGGUCAUGAGCAUGACUUACGGGUUAAACACCUUUCCGAUGCCCUGAGCGACAAGCAUGGGCCAGCUGCUGGGAGGGAUGACGUCUUUGACAUCGAGAUCGACGCGUACAUUCACUGUGUUAGUGCCUUUGUCAAACUAGCCCAGAGCGAGUACCAGCUCCUGACAGACAUCGUCCCCGAGCACCACCAGAAGAAGACCUUUGAUUCCCUCAUCCAGGAGUCACUGGAUAACUUGAUCAUGGAGGGGGAUAACAUUGUCUCAGCUGCCCGCAAAGCCAUCAUCCGACACGACUAUUCAGCUGUGCUCACAAUCUUCCCCAUCCUUAAGCAUCUGAAGCAGAUGAAGCCAGAGUUUGACCAGGUCUUGCAGGGAACUGCAGCAGGCACCAAGAACAAACUGCCAGGGCUGAUCACUUCCAUGGAGACCACUGGUGCAAAGGCACUGGAAGAGUUUGCAGACAACAUUAAGAAUGAUCCCGACAAGGAAUAUAACAUGCCAAAAGAUGGGACAGUUCAUGAACUCACCAGCAAUGCCAUCCUUUUCCUCCAGCAAUUGUUGGAUUUCCAGGAGACAGCGGGUGCCAUGCUGGCAUCACAAGAGACCAGCUCUUCAGCUAGUAGUUACAGCUCAGAGUUUAGCAGGCGGCUGCUGAGCACCUACAUCUGCAAAGUGCUGGGCAACUUGCAGCUGAACCUUCUCAGUAAAUCCAAGGUUUAUGAAGACCCAGCUUUGAGUGCCAUUUUUCUGCACAACAACUACAACUACAUUCUGAAAUCUCUGGAAAAAUCUGAGCUGAUCCAGUUGGUAGCUGUGACACAGAAGACAGCUGAGAGGUCUUACCGGGAGCUCAUUGAGCAGCAGAUCCAGACCUACCAGCGCAGCUGGCUGAAGGUGACAGAUUACAUCUUAGAGAGAAACCUGCCCGUCUUUCAACCAGGAGUGAAGCUCAAGGAUAAGGAGAGGCAGAUGAUAAAGGAGCGCUUUAAGGGAUUUAAUGAUGGGCUGGAGGAGCUGUGUAAGAUCCAGAAGGCCUGGGCAAUUCCAGACAUGGAGCAACGGGACAAAAUCCGCCGGGCACAGAAAACCAUUGUGAAAGAGACCUAUGGUGCCUUCUUGAACAGAUAUGGCAACGUGCCCUUCACCAAGAACCCUGAGAAGUACAUCAAAUACCAGGUUGACCAGGUUGGGGAGAUGAUUGAGAAGCUGUUUGACACCUCAGCAUGAAUCUCUAGCUGUCAUAUACAAGUCAGCACGCUCUCAGCAACCUUUGGGACUCCCUUUGCUCCCCCCCUUGCCCCAUUGUGGUGGGCAGGGUGUUCUACUUGUAUUUAUCAGAUUUAUAAACCUGUGGAAGCACUCCCUCCUGGCUGCCUUUCCCUUCUUCCAUGGAUCUGGAGCAAAGGCUGCUGUGUGGGCUCUUAUAUUGAUGCAUCUUCAGGCCUGGAUGUAAGUGUUAAUGCUUUGAUGUGCAGCAGACAUGCUGAGUGUGUUUAAAAAAGGCAAAACAAAAAA